CGCCAGUCAAGAGGAAAUAAUCACAAUGUUACCUUCUCAUAAAAUAUUAAUCUCCCUCUUCCGAUUUUAGCCCGGUCUUAAAAAUAAAAAGCUGCCUUUCCUCUUUACCUUUAAGGCAGCAUGCAAGGGUAUUUUUGUUUUUAUUACUUGUUUUUGACAGCUGUAUUACUGCUGAUAAGUAGGGCUGUGUGAGCUGAUCAAGUAGUGAGACAAGCAUUCAGAGCAGCAGCAGCAGCAGCAGCACAGCAGCAGCGCUGUAGUCACAAGGAGCCGUGGCAGCCGAAGCAGCAGCAGCAGCACUAUCAGUCACAGCGCAGGCAGCAGCAGCGACAGCAGCAGCAACAAACUCUCUCCCGUCUUUCUCCCCCCCUCUUCUUUCUGGAGUUGUAUCCCGCACCGAGGACAAAAGCCGGGGAAGUAGGAGGGAAGUGAUCCAGGGCUGAAAGCUGCCAUCAAGAAGAAACAAAAACGCAGACCUGGCUGCCCACAUGCCUAUCGAAUUUGUUUGCAAAAUCAAAUUUGCAGAGGAGGAUGAGAAGCAGAAAAGCAAGCAAGAUGGGGAUAAGGAGAGCCUGAUCGAGGAGAGCUGUGCGCCGCCGGCCAAAGACUUGGCAGGGUUUGCUAACUCCUGCUCCCUCCAUGGGAUCAACCACAUCUUCGUCUCUGGCCGCCUGGGAAUCCGGCAGACUCUCUGGGCUCUUGCCUUCUUGACUUCUCUGGCGCUCUUUCUGUACCAAGCGGCCAAGUGUGCCAUCUCCUACCUGGAGCACCCUCAUGUGACGGCGCUGAACGAAGAGGCAACCCCGGAGAUGGUCUUCCCUGCCGUGACCAUCUGCAACAUCAACCGGUUUCGCUUCUCAGCCCUCACCGACGCAGACAUCUACCACCUGGCAAACUUGACGGGUCUGCCCCCCAAGAACAGGGACGGGCACAAACCCACUGAUUUGAUGUAUCCUGCACCUGACAUGCAGGACAUCUUCAACAGGACGGGGCAUCAGCUGGAGGAGAUGCUGAUGAGCUGCAAUUUCAGUGGACAGAACUGCUCAGCUGAGGACUUCUCUGUGGUUUACACCAGAUACGGGAAAUGCUACACUUUUAAUGGCAACAAGACGACAUCCAAGAAGACGAAGCAGGGCGGGAUGGGAAAUGGGCUGGAGAUCAUGUUGGAUAUCCAGCAGGACGAGUAUCUGCCCAUCUGGAGAGAGACGAAUGAGACGUCCCUGGAGGCCGGCAUCCGGGUUCAGAUCCACAGUCAGGACGAGCCUCCCUACAUCCACCAGCUGGGCUUCGGCGUCUCGCCCGGCUUCCAGACCUUCGUCUCAUGUCAGGAGCAAAGGCUGACCUACCUGCCCCAGCCCUGGGGGAACUGCCGCUCCACCAGCAGGGAGAAGUUCCCGGGAUACGACACGUACAGCAUCAGCGCCUGUCGCCUGCUCUGCGAGACCAACGAGGUCAUGCGCGUGUGCAACUGCAGGAUGGUUCACAUGCCUGGGAAAGAACAGAUGUUUUCUGAAUUGCUGUUUUCCGUCUCUUUCUUUUCUUUUUACAGAGACAAUUUCUUGGUGUUAGAUAUUUUCUUCGAAGCACUGAACUAUGAAACAAUUGAGCAAAAGAAAGCAUACGAUGUCGCAGGAUUAUUAGGUGACAUUGGAGGACAAAUGGGUUUAUUCAUCGGCGCCAGCAUCCUGACAGUCUUAGAAAUACUGGACUACAUCUAUGAGCUGAUGAAGCAUCGGCUACAGCGUCUGCUGAGACCGCAAAAAGAAGAGAAGAAGAAUACCCAGCCGACCACAACUGUUGCCACAGUGGGUCUAGAAGAAAUGAAAGCAAAGGAGCCCAAUGACACGACACGGAGUCACCCAGAGGGGGCGUACGCCAACACGAUUCUCCCGAACCACCACGUCCCUCAUCCUCAUCCUCACCCGCACCCUCUUUCUCAYCCUCUCCCUGCGCCCCACCAACAUCGCCCGGGACACCACGGCGUAUUUGAGGACUUCGCUUGCUAAAGCCAGCGUUUGUUUCCAGUCCUGGUGACAAAACAAGACAGGAACUAUCUGUGUUGAGACAAAAACAGAUCCCCCCCUCUUCCUCCUCCUCCUCCUCUGCAUCUCCGUUUGUUUCUUUGCUCUCACCAGUGAAAAGCUACGGCCAAAGUCAAAAACACUGAACUUGUGCUGCUAACAAACCACUUGUAUGUACAGUUUAGGCACAACUCAGACACGGCUUCUUCUUCUUCUUCUUCUUCUUCUUCUUCUUUGUCUGUUUUUCUCGUUUUGAUCUGAAUGGGAACCAAACCUAACUCAGCGCCGCCUUGACUUCUCGGAGGCUACAACGACCAACUCUUUGGUACAUGAUCACUACAAGGGAUAAGAGGAUAAAUGCACUUUAAAAAGGAUUUAUUUAUUCUGUUGGCAUCUAUUUUUAAUUGUUAAUAAUAUUACUACGUCUGUGUUCCUGAAUCUACUCUGACUUCAUGAAGCUGUAUCAAAUCAUUACACUUGAUAAAUUAUGUAAUUAUUUAACAAAGUA